AUGGGGACGGGCAACUUUGAUGAGGUGGCUCAGAGCUCCAAGGUGUGGGGAGAGGUCCCGCUGCCUGAGGACCUGGACUCCGAGAGGACUGUCGUCCAAAGGUCUCAGCGGUUCUUAGACGAUGACGAGGACUUCACUGCGGACGAAGCAUCGGGAGAUCUGCCCAGUGGAGAGGAGGAUGGAAGCACACCGGAACCCACAGUGGUGACUGAGAUUAGCACAACGUACUACAGAGCUCUGGUGAACUUCACAGACUCCAUUGUGUACAGGCCUGACAUGGAGGACAUCUCCUCACUGUCUUUCCAGGAGAUCUCUGACGCGGUGGUGGACACGUUGGAGUCGGAGUACAACAGGUUCCCAGGCAUCCAGACUGUCAAUGUGGUCCUCAUCAAGAAGAUGCUGAGGCAGGAUGGGGUGGAUGUGUUUGUAGAGCUUGACGUGGGCUCUGACUACAACAACAACGACAAUCAGAUCCGCAACGUGCUCUAUGGAGUGGUGAAGGAGGGAACCAUCGCCUCCUACAUCACCUCUGUCCAGGGCUUCCAGUUCAGACGCCUGGGAGAAGCUCUGCCCCCUGUGAACCCCAUGGCUGUGCCAGUGGUCCCAGACCUUCGGCCGUGCAUUAAGGGUGAGCACACGUGUCGGGAUGGGGGGUGCAUCCCUCUGGAGUACCUGUGUGACAACAGACCUGAUUGCAAUGACAUGAGUGAUGAGCUGGAUUGUGAUAAGAUCCGUCCUGGUGCAGUUACCCCCACUCCUCCCACCACCAUCCCCAUCAAGAAGCCUCCACGCCCCCCUGGUCCCCCAGGGCCCUGCAAAGUGGACCAGGCCACCUGUCAGAAUGGGGAGUGUGUCCCCAGAGACUACCUCUGUGACGGAGAGAGAGACUGCUCUGAUGGCAGCGACGAGUUCAGAUGCGGCACUCCCUCUCCCUGUGAACCAAAUGAGUUCAAAUGUAAGAACGGCCGCUGUGCUCUCAAGCUGUGGCGCUGUGAUGGAGACAACGACUGCGAGGACAACUCAGACGAGACAGACUGCCCCACCAGAGGUCCAGGUGACACGUGUGCCCCAGAGCAGUUUGUGUGCCUCAGUGACCGCACCUGCAUCCCAUCCAGCUAUCAGUGUGAUGAAGAGACAGACUGCCCAGACCGCUCUGAUGAGUAUGGCUGCACUCCUCCCAUGGUGACCAGUCCCCCAGAGGAGUCCAUUCAGGCAGUGCGGGGGGAGACGGUGACCUUUAACUGUGUGGCAGUGGGUGUUCCUACCCCCAUCAUCACCUGGAGGCUCAACUGGGGCCAUAUCCCAGUCAGUGGCAGGAUCUCAAUGACCAGUGAGAAUGGGGGUGGCACCCUGACCAUCCGUGACGUAAAGGAGGCGGACCAGGGGGCGUACACCUGUGAGGCCAUCAACGCCAAGGGCCUUGUGUUUGGUAUCCCUGACGGGGUGCUCAGCCUCACACAGAAACCAGGAAACUGUCCAGACGGUCACUUCAGUGUGGAGGGACGUUGUAUCUCCUGCUUCUGCUUCGGCAUCACCAAGAACUGUGGAACCACCGGCCGCUACCGCAACCAGAUCAACCUGCGCUUCACUGACGAGGACGACUUCAAAGGAGUGAACGUGACGUACCCCUCUAGACCAGGCACCCCUCCUCUCUCCUCCACUCAGCUCCUCAUAAACCCUGAGGAGGAGGAGUUCCAGCUGGUCGACCUAUCACGACGCUUUCUCAUCCUGGACUCCUAUUGGACGCUUCCCCGCCAGUUUCUGGGCAACAAGAUUGACUCCUAUGGAGGCUUACUGAAGUACAAGGUGCGUUACACGCUGGCCCGCGGGGAGACUGAGCCUGAGGAGAAACCAGAUGUGAUUCUGACCGGGAAUGGUCAGAGAUUGGUCUACCGCAGGGGCAACCCCACCCCCUCCAGGGUGGUCAACAAGAAGGAGAUCAAAUUCACUGAGGAGAACUGGCAGCACUCGUCGGGACGCCAGGUGUCCCGUGAGGACCUGAUGAUGACCCUGGCUAGCCUGGAGGCCAUCAGCAUCCGCACCGUCUACGACAACCACAUGGUGAGCGUGGCGCUCAGCGACAUCGUCAUGGACACCACCACCGUGGAGUACAACGUCCAGGGCAAUGCCAAGGAUGUGGAGGAGUGCAGGUGUCCCCCUGGCUACUCAGGACUGUCCUGUGAACAGUGCUCCACUGGCUUUGAGCGUGUGUCUGGAGGGAACUUCCUGGGAUCCUGUGCUGGAUGUAACUGUAAUGGACACGCCAGCGCCUGUGACCCCAUCAGUGGACACUGUCUGAGCUGCCAGCACAACACUGAAGGUCCUCAGUGUGACAAGUGCAGACCAGGCUACUUCGGUGACCCCAGACGAGGUCGCCCCGAUGACUGCAAGCCCUGUCCCUGCCCAUACACCGAGACGUCCCGCCGGUUCUCCGACACCUGCUUCCUGGACCAUGACUCCCAGGGCACGUGCGAUGCCUGCAAACCAGGCUACACCGGCCGCCGCUGUGAAAAGUGUGCACCUGGGUACCAGGGUAACCCACUACAGCCUAAUGGCAAAUGUUUUCCAAACAGUGAGUCAAACUCAAAGUGUGAUAGCAGAGGAACAGUGAACUCCAACAGCAGACCAUGCGCCUGCAAGUCCAAUGUGGUGGGGUCGCAGUGUGACGAGUGUAAGAGCGGCGCCUUCCACCUGACAGAAGAGAACCCAGAAGGCUGUCUGCAGUGCUUCUGUAUGGGCGUCACCAAGCAGUGUGCCAGCUCCACCUGGAGCCGAGACCAGGUCCGUGGCGGUGUGAAUGGGCAGCUGUUCUCCCUCUCCAACAGUGCUAACUCCAGGACUAUCACAGACGGUAUCACCCAGAAAGGCUCCUCAGAGGUGGCAUACCGCUCCUUCUCUGACAUCCCCAAGGACAUCUACUACUGGGUCCUACCAGACAGCUUCAGAGGAGACAAGGUGACAGCCUAUGGCGGAGAGCUGCGCUACACUGUGCGCUAUGAGCCCCGGCAACGCUCCCUGGUGAUUGACGGACAGCCGGAUGUGGUUCUCCAAGGCAACAGCAUCUUCCUGGAACACUUCUCCCAGACAAAGCCCCUCCCCCGCGCACCUACCACAGUCACUGUCACCUUCAGAGAGUCUGCAUGGAGGCGUGCUGAUGGACAGCCCUGUACUCGUGAGCACCUCCUCAUGGCCUUGGCUGAUACUACUGUAUUCAUGAUCAGAGCCACCUACGCUGACAACAUGGCUGAGACCAGUCUUUCAGACAUCCAAAUGGACAUUGCAGUGCCGCGCUCCACAGGCAACGAACAUGCCCUUGAGGUGGAGGAGUGUGCCUGUCCCCAGGGCUACAAAGGACCAUCAUGCCAGGAGUGUGAUGUGGGCUACACCCGUACAGGCUCUGGGCUCUACCUGGGUACCUGUGAGAGGUGCGACUGUAACGGCCACGCCAGCGGCUGUGACCAGGAGACAGGCGCGUGCUUGCAAUGCCUUCACAACACGGCCGGCCCAAGGUGCGAGCGCUGUUUGCCAGAUUUCUACGGCAACCCUGUGACGGAUGGCCCCCAGGCCUGUCAGCCCUGCCCCUGCCCUGGCACUUCCCCCAGCAACCAGUAUUCUCAGUCUUGCUACAAGGACGUGGAUGGUCAGCCCACUUGUGAUAACUGUCCCCCUGGCUUCACUGGCCGGCGCUGCGAAAGAUGUGCUGCUGGGUACACAGGCAACCCCCAGCUCGGCCAGAGGUGUAGUGUUGGCAACAAUGACCUGAAUGGUAACUGCUAUAACUGUGACCAGAGAGGAAGUGAAGGAUGCAAUGGAAAUGGUGUGUGUCGCUGCAAGAUGAACAUUGAGGGCCCUGCCUGCUCCAACUGUAAGCAGGGAACCUUUCACAUCAGCACAGACAACAAAGAUGGCUGCCUGUCCUGCUUCUGCAUGGGUGUCACACAGCAGUGCUCCAGCUCCUCCCACUACAGAGACCAGGUGUCAUCUGUCUUUGUCCCUGGCAACUUCCAGGGCUUUGCUUUGGUCAACCGGCAGCGCACCAACCGUAUCUCCACCGGCUUCACUGUGGAAGUGUCCACCGAUGGCACACAGCUCUCCUAUAGCAACUUUGACUACCUAGGCCAGGAGCCCCACUACUGGCAGCUGCCUGGGGUCUACCAGGGGGACAAGGUGAGCUCCUACGGCGGUAAGCUGAAGUACACCAUCUCCUACGUAGCAGGACAGAGAGGAACAGCCAUCGAGGACCCUGACAUUCAGAUUAUUGGAAAUGACAUCACGCUGGUGGCUCGUCAGCCAUGGCAGAGGGGACAGGGGACAAGAGAGUCCCGCCAGUUUGAGGUUGUCUUCAGAGAGGAGAACUGGCGUCGUCCAGACGGCAUGCCUGCCACCCGGGAGCACCUGAUGAUGGUGCUGGCUGACCUGGAUGACAUCCUGGUGCGGGCCUCCUACUACACAGAGAUGAGGUCCUCCAGCAUCUCGGAGGUCAGCAUGGAGGUGGCCGUGCCCAACUACAGCGGCCUGGCUCAGGCUCUAGAGGUGGAGCAGUGCCGCUGCCCGACUGCCUACCAGGGACUCUCCUGUCAGGACUGUGCUCCUGGCUACACCAGAACCGGAGGUGGCCUGUACCUGGGCCACUGUGAGCUGUGUGAGUGCAACGGGCACUCUGACUCCUGCCACCCAGAGACUGGCAUCUGCACGAGCUGCCUCCACAACACCCAGGGAGAGCUGUGUGAGCAGUGUGCCCCGGGCUUCUUUGGGGACCCCACCGCUGGAACCCCAGAGGACUGCCAGCCCUGUGCCUGCCCCCACACAGACCCUGACAACCAGUUCUCCCCUACCUGUGAAAGCCUGGGUAACGGUGGUUAUCAGUGCACUGCCUGCCAGCCUGGAUACACUGGCCAGUACUGUGAACGCUGUGCACCUGGAUAUGUUGGAAAUCCACAGGACAGGAUUAAGUGUCGUCCAUUCAACACAGUGGCAGCCUCUCUGGUGGUGAAGGUGUACCCUGAGAGGGUGUUGGUGGCCCAGGGCAGCCCUGUGACCCUGCGGUGCCAGGUGACCGGCUCUCCACCCCACUACUACUACUGGUCCAGGGAGGACGGAAGGCCCGUCACCAACAGCGCCGACAGACGAGGACAAGGAGAGGAGCUGCAUAUCCCCAGUGUUCAACCCAGUGACGCAGGCAUCUACAUCUGUACCUGCAGAGACCAACGCAACAUCAACAGGAGCCGCGCUGAGAUCAUCGUCACAACUGUCUUAUCCAAACCCAUUGAAGUGACCAUUGAGGAGCCCAAAGCACAUAGCGUCACAGUUGGAGCAACAGUCAGCUUCAUCUGCACAGCCAAGAGCAAGUCUCCAGCCUACACCCUGGUGUGGACCCGGCGGGGUAACGGCAAGCUGCCCAACAGAGCCAUGGACUUCAACGGCAUCCUGACCAUCCAGAACGUCCAGCCUGAGGACGCUGGCAUCUACGUGUGUACAGGCUCUAACAUGUUUGCCAUGGACGAGGGCACUGCCGUCCUCUACGUGCCAGCUGCCGAGGGGGCCGAGCCAGUGGCUACCGCCACUCCACCUGUCCUGACCAUCCAGCAAGGAGGCCGCGCUGAGUUCCACUGUACUGUGACUGGCAACCCUACCCCUGCCAUCGAGUGGAUAGGUGGAGGUCCUGGUAACAGAAUGAGCCCCAAUGCUGUGGUCCGUGGAGGAGUACUAAUCAUCCCUGCUGUGGAGAGGGGGGAUGAGGGGGAGUACGUCUGCAAGGCCCUCAACACCCACGGAGAACACACAGCACGGGCUGUCCUCUACGUACACAGUGCCAGCCUGCCCCACGUGCAGGUGAGCCCCCAGAGAGUGGACAUCCAUGAGGGGGAGACGCUGAGGCUGUACUGCAGGGCUGGAGGCACGCCCAGCCCCGGACUCACCUGGAAGAAACAGGGAGGACAACUUCCUCCGCAGACCCGUAUGGAGCGUACAGACAUUGGCACCCUUCUCAUCCCCAACAUCAAGUCCUCUGACUCUGGCACCUACCUGUGUGUCGGAACCAACUCCAUAGGAUCCUCAGAAGCUCGCAUCGAGGUCACCGUCAAUAGAGCAAUAGGAGGAGACACCAUCUCGUCAGCCAUCACCAUCCAGCCCUCCAUAGCUGACGUCCAGGAGGGACAGUCUCUGGACCUUAACUGUUAUGUCCCUGGUAACCCCCCACCUGCUGUCACCUGGAGGAGGUCUAGUGGACGCCUGUCUGCCAAUCACCAGGUUCUGGGUACCCAGCUGCGUAUCCUCUCUGCCAGCCCAGAUGACUCUGGGGAGUAUAUCUGUCGUGUGGAGGCAGGGCCUGGUACUCCUGUCCGUCAGACCUCAGUCUCUGUCUCAGUCACAGCCACCUCCUCUCGCCUGCAGACCCCUAUCAUCUCCAUUGAGCCCCACAGUGCAGCGGUGCGAAAGGGAGAGUCAGCCAGCUUCAAGUGUAGGGUCUACAGUGGAGCCCAGCCCGUUCGCCUGGAGUGGAAACUGUCCAACAACCAGCCCCUUCCUGACAAUGUGAAGAUUGACCAUUACGGCUCUGUCCUCAUCAUCACUGAUGCCCGCCCUAGCAACCAGGGCACCUACCGCUGUGUGGCUAGCAACUUGUUUGGAAUCACCCAGAGCAUGGUCUCUCUGAUUGUCAGAGAGUCUCCCGUAGCGACUGUCACCCCUCAGGGGCCCGUGCGAGUCAAGGUGGGUGAACCCAUCAAUCUGGAGUGCCAGGCCUCCGGGGAACCACGGCCAUCUGUCACAUGGCACAGGCUGGACAACGCCCGCAAGACCAUGCUGAGUAGCCCUGUGCCCAUGGAGUCCAACGCUGUCAUGCAGGUCCUAGUGGCCCGUCCAGAAGACAGUGGCAACUACGUGUGCACGGCCCGCAACAACGAGGGAACCACCGAGACCAGGGUGGAAGUGAUCGUGGAAGGGGGUGCCCAGGUGCCCACCUCGCCCCGUGCCUCUGUGCCAGAACCCCUUAUGGUGGUGGUGGAGGGACAGACCACCACACUGAGAUGUGACGCUCACGGAUUCCCUGCCCCUAAGAUCACAUGGUCUAAGCUGCGUGCCCCUCUUCCCUGGAGACAUAAGGUAGUGGACAACACCCUAGUCCUGCCCAGUGUUGGCCGGGCAGACUCUGGAGAGUACAUCUGUAAUGCCACCAACAACAUGGGCACCACAGAGGUCACCAUCAUGCUGGAUGUGGAGACUCCUCCCUAUGCCACCUCCCUGCCCGACGACGUGGCAGUGCGUGUGGGCGAGGUGAUCCGACUGCAGUGCCUGGCCCAUGGUACUCCCCCGCUGCUCUUCCAGUGGACCAAGCUAAACGGCAGCCUGUCCACCAGGGCUGACGUCCAAGCAGGAGACCUCCAGAUCAACCUGGCCACAGCCGAGGACGCUGGCACUUACAAGUGUGUCGCCACCAACAAAGUGGGCACCAGUGAAGCACAUGCCAAGGUUACAGUCAGAUCGCCCCUAGCGGUGCGUGUGUCUCCUCAGGUGGAGGUGAAGGCCGAGGGUAGUGCUGUGGAGUUCACCUGCUCUGCUGCAGGAGGCCUGGGGACCACCAUGGAGUGGCUGAAAGAGGGAGGAGCCCUGCCCCCCAACCAUCACAUCAAAGACGGAGUGCUGAGGAUUGAGAACCUGGAUCAGAGCAAUGAGGGCGUCUACAUCUGCAGAGCCACCAGUGUUCAUGGCCAGGCUCAGGAUACCGCCAAGCUCACCAUCCAAGCCCUUCCCAAGGUAAUGAUCAACGUGCGUACCUCAGUGCAGACUGUUAUGGUUGGUAACUCGGUGGAGUUUGAGUGCCAGGCCAUCGGCGAGCCCCAGCCCACGGUGCGCUGGAGCAAGGUGGGAGGGCUGCUACCGGCACACAUUGUGGUGAAGGGCGGCAUGCUUAAGAUCGAACAGGUGACAGACGCUGACGCUGGACAGUACCGCUGCACUGCCACCAACGAUGUGGGCUCUGUGCAGUCCCAGGUGGUCCUCAAUGUCCAGUCCCUACCCCAGAUCACAGCUCUGCCAGAGCUGAAGGAAGUGACAGUGGGAUCUGAUGCUGUCCUGCCCUGUGUGGCAUCAGGAUACCCAGUGCCUGCCAUCAAAUGGUCCAAGCUGGAUGGGGAGCUUCCUCCUAAGUGUUUACAGGUAGUCAACACCUUGACGGUUCCUGGAUUGACCCACGAGGAUUCUGGGACAUACGUGUGCACUGCCUCCAACAAGCAGGGAAAAGUGGAGGCCUUCACCACCCUCAAAGUCCAUGAUCGAGUGAUGCCCCAUUUCACCCAGGAGCCCCUGUCCUAUCUCACUCUGCCCACCAUCAAGAACGCCUACAAGUCCUUCAGCAUCAAGAUCAGCUUCAGGCCAGACAAUCCUGAUGGUAUGAUCAUCUAUAACGGACAGAAGAGGACCAUGGGAGCAGACUUCAUCUCUUUGGGGCUGGUGGGAGGCAGGCCUGAGUUCAGGUUUGACGUGGGUUCUGGCAUGGCCACCAUCCGCUACCCCACACCCAUCAAACUAGGAGAGUUCCAUACCAUAGAACUCUACCGCAACCAGACACAGGGCUCCAUCAUAGUGGACAGAGAGGCUCCAGUCAACGGAAGCUCACAGGGCAAGUUCCAGGGGCUGGAUCUGAAUGAGGAGUUGUAUGUGGGUGGUUACCCCAACUACACCCUCCUGGCCAAGACUGCUAGCCUCAAGACUGGCUUCAUUGGCUGCAUCCGUAAGCUGGUCAUCCAAGGUGAUGAGGUCAUCUUCAAGGAUCUGGACCGCAGCUCUACGGGCGUGUCCAACUGUCCUGUCUGCACUGACCGUCCCUGUCAGAAUGGAGGGAUAUGCCAGGACUCUGAUGCCAGUCUGUACAAGUGUAGCUGUCCCAGAGGAUUCACAGGGAGUAACUGCCAGCACCACUCCUCCCUGCACUGCCACCCAGAGGCUUGUGGACCAGACGCCACCUGCAUCAACCGUCAGAACACCCUGGGCUACGACUGCCGAUGCCACUUGGGGAAGUCUGGAAACAAGUGCAUGGACGGUGAAUUGGUGACUACUCCCCUGUUUGACGGUAUGGACUCGUACAUUGCAUACCCUCCUCUGACCAACAUCCACAACGACCUGCACAUCGAGAUGGAGUUCAAACCCAUGGCUCUGGUCGGUCUGAUGUUCUUCAGUGUGGGCAAGAAGAUGAAGACGGAGGAUUUUGUUUCCCUAGAGAUGGUGGAUGGACACGUGCAGUUCCGCUAUGAACUGGGGACUGGCCAAGCUGUCCUGCGCAGUCCUGAGCCGGUCACCCAGGGCCAGUGGCACCGCUUGGAAGCCGGGCGCCUCGACAAGGACGGCUCUCUGAAGAUUGACGGUGGCCGUGAGGUCAGGAGGUCGUCGCCAGGCAAGGCCCAGGGCCUGAAUAUCCACACCCCCAUGUACCUAGGAGGAGUCCCCAACAUUGAUAUCAUACCCAAGGCCCUUAACAUCAGUGUUCUGUACAAGGGAUGCAUAGGAGAGGUGUCCAUCAACGGUAAGAAGGUGGACCUGUCCUACAGCUUCACAAACAGCAUGGCCAUCAUCCAGUGUAAGGACAACAGUCCCUGUGACCGCAACCCCUGUCUAAACGGGGCCAGCUGCAUGCCGAGCGCCGAGUAUGAGUACCAGUGUCUAUGCAAGGACGGCUUCGAGGGUGAGCGAUGUGAGGUGUUGAAGGAUACCUGCCAGAGCAGUGACCAGUGCCAGAACGGAGGCAGCUGUGUCAACAGCCAGUGUGUGUGUCCUGUAGGCUUCAAUGGCCCCGUCUGUGGAGAGAGCCAGGUCUCCAGCUUCGCCGAUGCCCUGUGGAAUUUGGAGGGUAGCGGGGGGAAUGAUGCCCCCAUUGAGUAUGCAGUUAAAUUCUAUGACAACGGUUACCUUUCUCUUCCCAAGACUAUCUUCCCCAGAAGUGGCCCUGACACUCCAGAGACCAUUGAGCUGGAAAUCAAGGUCAACACCAACUCCAAAGAGGGCCUGAUCCUGUGGCAGGGAGUGGAACUUGGAGAUCAAGGCAAGGGCAAGGACUUUAUCAGUCUUGGUCUGCAAAACGGACACUUAGUCUUCAGCUACCAGCUGGGCAGUGGUGAGUCUCAGAUCCAGUCCAGAGAGCCCAUCAACGAUGGCAGAUGGCACAAGGUCACUGCUGUGAGAACUGGUAAACAGGGAUAUAUUCAGAUAGACGGAGGAGCCAUUCGACAAGGACAAUCACAAGGCAAAAGCAUCAUGGUGAACACCAAAGGCAACGUAUACCUGGGUGGCGCCCCGGACAUAUCUGCGAUGACGGGAGGGAAGUUCUCCUCGGGGCUCGAAGGCUGUGUGAGGAACCUGUCUCUGAUGAACGCCCGGCCGGGAGAUCAGCCAGCCAGACCCAUCGAGCUGCAGGCCACCGCAGAGAAUGGCAUCAACGUGGGCCGUUGCUCCUCAUAGACCUACAGCACCUCCCCCCCACAAACACACACACACACACACACACACACACACACACACACACACACACACACACACACACACACACA